AUAGUAGUGCCGUUGAAGAAGCAAGAAUUUACAGUAUUUUAUUUUUAGAAGAACCAAGAAUGUUUACUACAUAUAAAAAGUGGAGUGACACGCAAACCGAGGGGCUCUCUCUCUCUCUCUCUCUCUCUCUCCGUCUUCCACCACCGGAAGGAAGUUCCUCCGCCGCCAUUAGCUGUAACUUAGAGAAAGAGGGCGUGAUGAGUCUGUUGAGUAUCUCAAGGCGAAAAUGUUGGAAUGCAUAUCUCAUGAUAUUCUCACCCAUCGCUCUCCUCUUGAUCACAUCUUCAUCUAUUUGGUCGCUGCGCCCUCAAAUUCCCGACCUCAAGUCGUCUCCUCCGCCUCCGAGGAGCUCUCCUUAUCACGACUGGGAAUUUUUCAAUGCAGAUUACGAGGAGAUGUUGAGCAAGCUAAGGAUCUACGUGUAUCCUGAUGCCUUGAACGCCAACACUUCAUCAUCUGCUGUAUUUCUCCCCCACCCCGACCCCCUCAAUCCCAAAAUAGGGAACUACUACAGCGAGCACGCCUUUAAGCUGGCGCUGCUGCGGAGUUCCCUCGUCACCCAACGCCCUAACCACGCCCACUUCUUCUUCAUGCCCUUCUCCAUCAACAUCAUGCGCUAUCACCCCCUCGUCCGUUCCGAGUCCUCCAUUUCCACCUUCGUUGCCAACUACGUCACCAAAAUCAGCUCCGAGUCCGCUCACUGGAACGCCUCCGGGGGCGCCGACCACUUCUUCGUCUGCUGCCACUCCGUCGGCCGCGAGGCCACCUCCCAACACUCCGCCCUCCGCAACAAUGCCAUUCAGAUAACUUGCUCCUCGAGCUACUUUCAGAGGCUCUACACACCGCACAGAGACAUAGCACUGCCUCAAGUCUGGCCUCGACCCGACCACCAAACCCUCAUUCCUCCACAUCAGAGAAGCAAGCACGUCUUCUUCGCCGGUAGAGCUCAGAACUCUGUCGCUCGGCAGGAGGUGUUGCGGUUGUGGGGGAACGAUUCUCUGUUCCGUAUAUUCUCGGGGCAUUCGUCGAUGCCGUACGAGGAAGGUUUCAUGAGAAGCAGAUACUGCCUCCACAUCAAAGGGUACGAGGUGAACACAGCCAGAGUUGUGGAUGCCAUCCACUACGGCUGUGUGCCUCUUCUCAUAUCAAAUUACUACGAUCUUCCAUUUGCUAAUAUUCUGGACUGGAGCAAGUUUUCUAUCAUAGUUAACCAAAAUGAUAUUCCUCAGUUGAAAAACAUCAUAACAUCCGUGCCCGAGCAGACGUACCUUGACCUCUAUCACAGCUUGUGCGUGGUUAGGAAGCACUUCAGGUGGUCUGCUGUGCCUCAGAGUCAGAGCUACGACGCCUUCCAUAUGACUGCUUACCAGCUGUGGUUGAGGCGAGGCUUGCACCGCGUCGCUUCAUGACUUGUAUGUGUAAAAACCAUGACAUUUCUUGAUAUUUUUCAUGAUCACCGUGUGCAUUUUCUACAGUGUAUAAAUACAGUCGCAGUGAUAUAAUAACAACACAUGACAAAGAUGAGAACACUUCAUAGAGAAA